UACAAGCAGAAGAAAGUCGAAUUCCAUGCCGCCUUUGUUUACUUAUCCGGAUAAUGACUGGCAUUGCCAACAAGUUUAUUGCAGUUCUUCUUUCCUUCUCAUUGACCAUUCUCCGUCAGAACAUAUUUCCGAAACUCAGCUGAUACUGGUUUUAGUUAUAACAGAAAAAUGGGCAAGAAGGUUCUCUUCCUUCGUGUUCUCUUGCUUGCAUUGCCUUUAGUUGCAGAAACUGUGCCUACAGCAGGCAAAGAGGUUGGAGUGUAUGAGCUGAAGCGAGGAAACUUUUCUGUGAAGUUCACCCACUAUGGCGCCAGGAUGGUUUCUCUCGUUCUUCCCGACAGGAAUGGUAACUUAGCAGAUAUUGUUCUAGGGUACGAUACUGUUGACAAGUACAAGAACGAUUCAGCCUACUUCGGGGCGAUUGUUGGAAGGGUUGCCAACAGAAUUGGAGGUGCGCAAUUCACCUUAAAUGGAGAGCAUUACAAGCUCGUUGCUAAUGAAAGAAACAACACUCUGCACGGUGGGCGUAGAGGGUUCAGUGAUGUCGUAUGGACCGUGAAGAGUUAUGAGCCUGACUCGUACAUAACCUUCACCUAUGACAGCUAUGAUGGUGAACAGGGCUUUCCUGGUGAUCUUUCCGUUUCUGUGACCUUCUUGCUAAUAGAAACAAACAAGCUCGGUAUAAAAAUGGAAGCAAAGGCACUCAAGAAGGCCACUCCUGUGAACUUAGCCCUACACACAUACUGGAACCUCGGAGGCCACAACAGUGGCAAUAUCCUCUCACAUGAAAUCCAACUCUUUGCCUCCAGAAUCACCCCGGUCGAUUCUCAGCUUAUACCCACGGGUCAAAUUUCAGACAUAAAGGGGUCCGCCUACGAUUUUCUCCAACCUCGAGAUAUUGGGUCCCAGAUCAACAAAUUGCCUGCCGGGUAUGAUAUCAACUAUGUUCUCGACGGCCACGGCCAUGAGCAUCUCAAUAAGGUUGCUGUUCUAAGAGAAAAAAUGUCAGGAAGAGAGAUGGAGCUGUGGAGUAAUCAGGUUGGUGUGCAGUUUUAUACUGGAAAUUAUUUGGAUAAUGUGAAGGGGAAAGGCGGGUUCGUCUAUUCUAAUCACUCAGGCCUCUGUUUAGAGACGCAGGGCUUCCCCGACUCGGUGAAUCACCCGAACUUCCCUUCACAAAUCAUUAAUCCAGGAGAAACUUACAAACAUGUCAUGAUCUUCAGAUUUACUGCUUAAAGUACAGAAUGUAUAUCGAUAAAGAAUGAGAUUUCUACCAUCGAAUAACAGAUCAAGAUCAAUAUGGGAUGAACUCUAUCGAGUUUCUACGAACUA